CGCUACAAACAUUCGAAAAGUGUUUUUUUAUUGAAAUAAAAUUUAAAGUUAUUAGAGGGGUUGGUGGUGUUUGUGGAGAGUGCGCGAUGACCGAAGGAAGUGCGUGACGCAGCGACAGGCCUGAAUCCGAUUAAUGGUGUGCGUCGUUGGUGCGUGUGUUAUCCCAGCGGAUCCAAGCUGGUUAAUUUAAGUUGAGGAGGGUGAGGAAUCAUCAUCAGCGAGGCGAAAGAUGAGCGCGUCGUACUUUGAGAUCUUCUUCGCUGCGUUUAUCCUGGUGCUGCCUUUCCUAUAUGAAUCGAGUCAGACCUUUCGGUUCUACGUCAAGUUCUUUGCGUAUUACAUAAUCGUCUCCUUUAAUGCCGUCUUCUUUAUACCGGUGUUUGCGUUCAGGCCGAAGAAUGUCAGGAAUUUAGUUGUGGCGUCGCACAUUUGCAAGUUUAUCUCGCCUCUGCUCGGAUUGAAAUGGAUAAUUCGCGGGCGCGACAAUUUGGAAAAGGAGCGAGCUUGCAUUAUUGUUGCAAACCAUCAAAGUUCCUUGGAUGUACUAGGCAUGUUCGAUAUCUGGCCGAUCAUGGACAAGUGCACGGUGGUCGCCAAGAAGGAAUUAUUCUACGCGUGGCCUUUUGGCCUUGCCGCCUGGCUCUGCGGGCUGAUAUUCAUAAAUCGCGUGAAUUCGGGCAAGGCACGUGAAGCCAUGAACACUGCGGGUGAAAUUGUCAAAGAAGGAAAGAUAAAACUAUGGGUUUAUCCCGAGGGCACGCGGCACAAUACCGGAACUAUUCACUCCUUUAAGAAAGGUGCUUUCCAUCUUGCCAUAACUGCGCAACUUCCGAUUUUACCUGUGGUCUAUAGCCAAUACUAUUUUUUGGAUGAGAAGAAACGUGUUUUCAAUCAAGGGAAAAUAAUUAUUACAACAUUGGAGGCAAUCCCAACCGAAGGAUUGACACUGGACGACUUGGAGGAUUUGAUGGAUCGGACGCAUAGCGCAAUGAGCAAGGUCUUCGACGAAGCCAACAAGGAAGUGCAUCAAAUUUGCUCCUAAAUAUUCUCUAGGCAGCUAAAACCGCCCACGGGCGUCUCAUUCCUCAACCCUUAAACUCUCACCAAAUGUGCUAGUCAUUGAGUUAUUAGGGCAGCCAAGUGCAAAUUUCGAAAAAAUCUAACCCCAAACAUACCAAACAGAUACACAUAUAAGAUGUACUAACUUGUGCGAAAUUUGUCGUUUAGUUUUAUACUUAGAUGAAUAACUGAUGACAACUAUCAACCAAUUUGAUUACGCCUAGUAUUCUAACAAAAAUGCUCGCAGGCAAACAAAGAUAUACAAUAUGUAGGCGUAAAUUUUACAUGAAGACAUAAUAAGACAUAAAGUAUUAUAGCAAAAGUUACAAGAAAAAGUCAAAAUGGCGGGGCGCACGCAAUGAUUAUUGUUAUAUUAGUUAAUCUUAUAUAAUUCUUUGUACUUUUACUUGGUUUCUCAGUGUUUGACCAAGAUUUUUGACGUUGGUAAUAAUUUAUUUUUUUUAUGUAUGUGUAAACAAGUUCCGUGUAGUUUUGUAAUUGGUGCGCUCAGAUAUACGAUUUUUGCUGAAAAUUUAUGACGAAGGACGAAGGAAAAAGGAAAAUGUUGUGAUAUUUGAUGCAAGUUCGGAGAUAAUGUGACGAUGAAAGUGAAUCAAGUCACUGGACACGUGACUUUACUCGAUAGUCAAUAAUUUAUUACGUUUAACUAAAAUUUCAAAAACUACAAAAAUAACCACGUGCAUUGCAAAUAGAUGUUACGCAACGAUUACAAUAUUAUUCAGAUUGUGCAGAUCGGCGAAAGGGAAUCAGAAACAAGUCAGAAUAGACACGUUGUAAAUAUUAUUGAUAAGUUCAAAUUGAAAGGAUAAAUGAUACAAACUGUAAUUACAUAUUAUGCUAUUGAUCGAUUGAAAGUUAUUAUUAUUCUAGUGUGUAAUAAAGUAAUUAUCAUUAAAAAAAGAAAGAAUUAAAUUUGAAAACUUUUAAAAAA